UGAGGCAGCAGCAGAGGGCCCAGGCGCACUUCGUGGUGCUCCCGAAAGAGAAGCACAGGGCACUUUGAGUAUCUGUAAAGGUUUCCAUGUUGUAAAGGUUUCCAUCCCAGAACACACAGCCGUAGUUAAGAAAACGGUACCGCGGGUCCGAAGCAGGAACCAGUCUUCAGAAUUCCCACUGGAGUUAGUGUUUGCGGGACAGUGACUUUGCAGACGUGGCCGCCUGGGCCCUUGUUUCUCCUGGAUUCCCAGGCCUGGAGCGCAGGGGCUGCCCCUGACUCCGUCCCCCAGCGCCCUCCACUCCUGCCAGACACUGUCACCUCCUGGGCCUCCUGCAGGCGGCAAAGGCCAGAAUGCUCCAGGGAGCUGCACUGACGUUCAGGAGGCCACUCCAGGCUGGUCACAGGCCUGCUUUCUGUAGGAGCAUGGCUUCCACACACCCAUCCCCACAGCCCGCACUGCCACCAAGCGCUGACAGUCAUGACCAGAUUCUACAGUGUAACGAUAGGCCCCUGAAGAAGAGAGAGACUUUGGUCCGCACACUCACCCCUGAAGCUGUUCAGGGAAGCAGUGGGUGCUGCAAUGUGUCCCCAGAGCACAGUCUGUGGGAAGAAGGGCCAGCCCCCCAAAAGGAGCUGCUUCGAACACAAUGCCUCCCUCCUCGCCGUGGGUGGUAAACCCAUGGUCAGAGUCCCAGGACACACCGCCCGAGGGAACACGUCUGCUCCUGCUGAAUCCAUGGUCAGUGCUGUUUGGAUUAACAAGGAGAGGAGGCACUCACUGUCCCAGGACAAGGUGGACCCUGAGGCAGCGGGGAUGCUGGAGGAGGCGGACAGUGGCUAUCUGCAGGUCCCCAGGUCUCCAUGGCACACGCACCUACAGAUGUACUGCUCGGUCCAGACCUUCCACCAGGACGCCGGCCAGCAAGUCAAACACCAAGGCAUGUUCCGGGGCUCUGAGCAAAGGCUUCCUCAGGAGAGAGACUCGGGCUUGUUGGAAAGCAAGCAGGUGACUCAGCAAGAGACCACGACCCCAGAGGCAGCCCAGCAUGAACAUCAAGUGGACCAUCCCCAAACACAGACAGUGGGGUCCGGCUUCCACAACGGCCUUCAGGGUCCUUCCUCCAUCAAGAACCCACAACGGCCUGGAAAACCAGCGCACUAUCCAUUUCCCCAGAGGAAAGCGCCCAGGAUCUCCCAAGCUGCCCGGAACCUGGGCUUAUAUGGCCCCCCCUGAGGCUUUCUCCUCAGCCAGAUGUCCCAUCCUUGAGGCCAGCUCUGGUCUCAUCACAGAACCCGGAGGCAGAGCCACCAGGGGGACCCCUCGCUAUCAGCAGAACUGGGCUACCUCACUGGUAGGGAUUGUGGGAAAUGAACUUCACAGUGGGCACAUGGUCUUGUCCUUCAGAAAAGAAGAGCUUGCCCAGAGCAGAUGGCUCACAGUUCAGGAUGAAAGAGCGCUGUCUGACCCAUGCAGCCCGUUCCGCUCACACAAGAAGACAUUGCUACGUUGCGGGGGAGCCCUGGAGGCCCGUUCCUUAGGGAGGUCCAGCAGGACACCUGCUCAGUCCCUAGAACCAGGGAACCAGUUUGAAACAUAAAACAGGGACCCUGGCCAAUGGGAUGCCCUAGCAGUGCCCCAGAGUCAACGAACGUGGACAAUCUGGUUUCCAAUAUCUUCUGGUGAUUUCUCACAUGUUCUGGAGAAGAUGGGCUCUGAGGAUUGGCUUUUUCUGGUUGCUCUGCCUGGAGGCCAGCUUAUGUACAAGUCAGUACGUUCACUGUAGUGACCACACCAUUUCAGCUUGAGCUUCCCAAAGUAUGGUCACCCUGGGUAAAGAGGGGCGGAACAAUGCCACCUGCCACUUUGUUCUUUGAGGGGUCUUGGGAAGGUUUGGUCACCUCUCACCUCUCACCGAGACUGCACAUUCCAGUGUCAUCACAGAUUUACUUCCUCCUGUCCUUCCCUUCCUCACUCCCUUUUCCCUCCUUCCCUCCCUC